CUUUAAGAUACACACAUUGAAGACAACUGUCCGCGGUGUCAAUGUACUAACGAUGAAUUUAAUCGCUAAGGUCGUGAUUAAACUCUUGCUAUUGUUGUCUCUCAUAUGUAAUAUAACAGUUCAAUAUGGAAGGCCCCUAAAUAAGUACAUCCGCCACUAUGAGGGCCUUUCAUACGACACGGACGUCGUGCAUAGCAAACACCAGCGAGCCAAGAGGGCGGUCUCACACGAGGACAAGUACCUCCAUCUGGACUUCCACGCACAUGGAAGGCAGUUUAACCUCCGGAUGAAGAGAGACACGGCCCUGUUCAGUCCCGAUAUAAAAGUGGAGAUUUCAGGAGAGGAGAUCCCCUACGACACGUCCCACAUCUACACUGGAGAAAUCUUUGGUGAGAAGGGCAGUCUGACACACGGCUCCAUCAUAGACGGCAAGUUUGAGGGCUUCAUUAAGAGUCAUCAGGGGACAUACUACGUGGAGCCUUCAGAGCGCUACCUCAAAGAGCACAAUGUCCCUUUCCACUCUGUCAUCUACCAUGAAGAUGACAUCGAUUACCCUCAUAAAUACGGUGCAGAGGGCGGCUGUGCAGACCGCUCUGUGUUUGAGAGGAUGAGGAGGUAUCAGGCCACGGCCGUGGAGGAGCCGGUUAAGGAGGAGAAGAGAUUGGUUGAGGAAGAGGAGGAAAGGAUGUAUGGACCUGUCGUUCUGAGGAAGCGACGCGCGGCUCAGGUGGAGAAAAACACCUGUCAGCUCUUCAUCCAGACGGACCACCUGUUCUACAACUUCUACGGCAGCAGGGAAGCUGUCAUUGCCCAGAUCUCCAGCCAUGUCAAAGCUAUCGACACCAUCUACCAGUCCACUGACUUUCAGGGAAUCCGAAACAUCAGUUUCAUGGUCAAGAGGAUUAAGAUCAACACAACCGAGGACGAGAAAGAUCGGACCAAUCCGUUCCGCUUCCCUAACAUAGGAGUGGAGAAGUUUCUGGAGCUGAACUCUGAGCAGAAUCAUGAUGAUUACUGCCUGGCCUAUGUCUUCACUGACCGAGACUUUGAUGAUGGCGUUCUGGGACUGGCUUGGGUUGGAGCUCCUUCAGGAAGCUCGGGCGGGAUCUGUGAGAAGAGCAAGCUGUACUCAGACGGGAAGAGGAAGUCCCUCAACACUGGCAUCAUCACCGUGCAGAACUACGCUUCCCACGUCCCCCCCAAAGUUUCCCACAUCACCUUCGCCCACGAGGUCGGGCACAACUUCGGCUCCCCGCAUGACUCUGGGAUGGAGUGCACUCCGGGUGAAUCCAAGGCGUCAGAUAAGAAGGAGAGAGGAAAUUACAUCAUGUAUGCCAGAGCCACAUCAGGAGACAAGCUCAACAACAACAAAUUCUCCAUUUGCAGUAUUCGCAACAUCACCCAGGUUCUGGAGAAAAAGAGAGCCUCGUGCUUCGUCGAGUCUGGUCAGCCAAUCUGUGGGAAUGGACUUGUGGAGGCUGGUGAGGAGUGUGAUUGUGGUUAUAGUGACCUGUGCAGAGACAAGUGUUGCUAUGAUGCUAGUCAGCCAGAGGGCACCAAGUGCAAACUGAAGCCAGGUGCAAGCUGCAGUCCCAGCCAGGGCCCUUGCUGUACACCUACGUGUGCGUUUAAAAUGAAUACUGAGAUCUGUAGAGAUGAGUCAGAGUGUGCACAUAAGGGCAAAUGUAAUGGUCUUACUGCCCAGUGUCCCACCUCUGAGCCCAAAAACAACUUCACUUCCUGCAACGGAGAGACACAAGUCUGCAUUAACGGGGUCUGCUCUGGCUCUAUCUGUCAGAAGUAUGGUCUGGAGGAGUGCACCUGCGCUGUUGAGGAGAAUGCAGACGAGACGCAGCUGUGUCACGUUUGCUGCAUGGAAAAAGGAAAUCCUGAUACAUGUAGCAGUACAAGCUCAAAAAAGUGGGCUCAGUUUUUCAACGAGAAAGUCAUCACACUGCAGCCUGGCUCUCCCUGUAAUGACUUUAAAGGAUACUGUGAUGUGUUCAUGAGGUGUCGACUGGUGGAUGCUGAUGGUCCCCUGGCCAGACUAAAGAAAGCCAUCUUUAACCCGGAGCUUUACGAGAAUAUUGCUGAGUGGAUAGUGGCUCACUGGUGGGCAGUGCUGUUGAUGGGUAUUGCUCUCAUAAUGCUGAUGGCUGGAUUUAUAAAAAUCUGUAGCGUUCAUACUCCAAGCAGCAACCCCAAACUACCACCACCUAAACCACUGCCUGGCACGUUGAGGAGAAUGAGGCCUCAGCAUGCGAAUGCGCAGACCCAGCCUCAGCGGCAUCACCGCCAGAGAGAGAACUACCAGAUGGGCCAGCUGAGACGCUGAGUCCGCCUUCUCUCUGCCUUGGUUCUUUCUAGUGCCUACAGUUGGAAUACUUUCACUCCAAAGAGUUACCUGAACCAAUCAACAAAGCCCAUUCAGAAACUAAAGCUGACAACAAGAAAAAGAAAAAAAAACAACAACAACAAAACGAAACAAAAACAAACAAACAA